AGAAGCUAGAGGGAGGUGAUUUGGACCUGCCCACUGAUUCUGAAUGUUUAAUGCUGGCGCAUUUCUGGGUUUGGCAUUUUUGACUUUCAUUAUAGAUGCAGUUCAGUUUUAAUCAGAAUGAGGACCACUGUUUGUCUCCUGAUUUUUGCUCUCAGCUCUGCUCCUGUCGAGGCGAUUGACGUGUCUCUACUGGCCGGAAAACUAUCAAACUGUAUAUUCGAGUUGUGCUCCACUGAGAUUCACAUCUGCCAUCGACUCUAUGGAGAGCAGUUGACGGACACCUUUAAAGUGUGCAUGAAGCAGCUUUGCACAGAGAAGAUGGAGGAUUGCAUGGACUGGACUAUUGCACAAAAGAUCGCAGUGACGGGUGUGGAGGCGAUCAAAGAGUCAUUUAUUCACUGCUAUUUAAACUGUGGCUUCCAGAACAGGACCAAAUACACAGGAUGCUUUCUGGAAGCAUUGAUGGAUCAAUCCCAGCCGUAUAUCUCCAUGCUGGCUGCGGGCUCAAGCGAUCCAGAUUUAAUGUCGUGUUGGUUGAGACAAGGCCUGGGAGCGGUAAGGAGCUGUUUCCAUCACUACAGCGAGCUCUCCUACACACUAAUACGAAAUAUAGUGCAUGAGCUUAUCAAUAACAAACAAGAAUAUGUUACAUGUUUCAUGAAGAUGUAUAAUAAUGGGGACAAAACAUGCCUGCAGCUGUUCAUCUGGCUCUUUGGGCCAACACCAACCCUGAGGAUACGAGCUAAAGACUUUUUCAUCUGCAGCAUUAAUGAAAUGAUUUCAUUAACAGCAACAUGUUAAAGAUGGAGUGGAACUAAAUUUCAGUAAAUCAGUCGAUUUGUUCAAUGAGAUUUAACUUAUUAAUCAUUAUCUUAUUACAGAUUAACUAAAUAAAGGUUAAAACUGAAGUAUUUAAUGUUGAAGUUCCUUUUAAAUAACUGCAUCUUAAUUCUCUGUAGCUUUACUUCACCAUUGUAUCCAAGGCUUGACAGCCUGUUUGUUUCCAGAGAUACUUUAAAUAAAAGUGAGGUUUGUGUGUGUAGGGAAUAUUUGAUUUUUAGUAU